GUGACCUUUAUACGCUGGUUUAUAUCUACCAACCACAAAGAUAUCGGGACUUUAUAUCUUAUCUUCGGGGCCUGGGCCGGAAUAGUAGGUACAGCCCUCAGCUUACUAAUUCGUGCUGAACUCAGCCAGCCAGGAGCCCUCCUAGGUGAUGAUCAGAUUUACAAUGUUAUCGUCACGGCCCAUGCUUUCGUAAUGAUUUUCUUCAUGGUAAUACCUAUUAUGAUCGGAGGUUUUGGUAACUGACUUAUUCCUCUUAUGCUGGGCGCCCCUGAUAUAGCAUUCCCUCGAAUAAACAACAUGAGCUUUUGACUUCUGCCCCCUUCAUUUCUCCUCCUUUUGGCCUCCUCAGGCGUAGAAGCCGGAGCAGGAACUGGGUGAACUGUAUAUCCCCCCUUAUCUGGAAACCUAGCGCAUGCAGGAGCAUCCGUAGACCUGACCAUCUUUUCUUUACAUCUGGCAGGAAUUUCCUCUAUUUUAGGUGCUAUUAAUUUUAUUACCACUAUUAUUAACAUGAAACCUACAACUGUUUCCAUGUACCAAAUUCCCCUGUUCGUAUGAGCCGUCCUAAUUACAGCCGUUCUCCUUCUGCUAUCUCUCCCAGUUUUAGCUGCUGGCAUUACAAUGCUACUUACAGAUCGUAACCUCAACACCGCUUUCUUUGACCCCGCGGGGGGAGGAGACCCGAUUUUAUACCAACACUUGUUCUGGUUCUUCGGACACCCAGAAGUAUAUAUUCUUAUUCUUCCCGGCUUUGGAAUAAUCUCCCAUAUCGUCGCUUACUACGCUGGUAAGAAAGAACCCUUCGGCUAUAUGGGAAUAGUGUGAGCGAUAAUAGCUAUUGGCCUGCUCGGGUUUAUUGUCUGAGCACAUCAUAUGUUUACAGUAGGUAUAGACGUGGACACUCGCGCUUACUUCACCUCCGCUACAAUGAUUAUUGCAAUCCCGACGGGUGUAAAAGUCUUCAGUUGGCUCGCAACACUCCAUGGAGGUAAUAUUAAGUGAGAAACACCACUCCUCUGAGCCUUAGGCUUCAUCUUCCUAUUUACAGUAGGAGGUUUAACCGGUAUUAUUCUAGCCAACUCCUCCUUAGAUAUUGUCCUCCAUGACACAUAUUAUGUUGUAGCCCAUUUCCAUUAUGUCUUAUCCAUAGGGGCAGUCUUUGCAAUUGUUGCUGCUUUCGUUCACUGGUUCCCCCUGUUUACAGGUUAUACCCUUCACACCGCAUGAACUAAAGUCCAUUUCGGAGUAAUAUUCCUCGGAGUUAAUUUAACUUUCUUUCCCCAGCAUUUCCUUGGUCUAGCAGGAAUACCUCGCCGAUAUUCGGACUACCCAGAUGCCUACACACUAUGAAAUACAGUAUCCUCAAUUGGAUCUCUAAUUUCCCUCCUAGCUGUAAUUAUAUUCUUAUUUAUUUUAUGGGAAGCAUUUGCCGCUAAGCGAGAAGUACUCUCAGUAGAACUAACCGCUACAAAUGUUGAGUGACUACACGGCUGCCCUCCUCCCUAUCACACAUUUGAAGAACCUGCUUUCGUACAGGCCCCCUCAAACUAA